CUCGAUUUCCUCUCCUUCGCCAUUUCGUCUCCACGACACCCUCACUCUCAUGAUUCUUCAUUAGUUCCAACAAAUUCCUCCUCCCAGUCCCAAUUUCUCCCUUCGGUAUCCUUUUUCUCUUCUCUUUUCACUUUCAAUUCUGCUUCCUCUAAAAGUGCUUCCUGUUCUAUCUCUGCUUUUUGUUCCCACACAGCACAGGGUAAUCGUAGUUCAUUGGAUUUCGUUCUGCUGACUUAUUCAGCCUGAUUGUUGAGGAAUGGCGGGUGGUGAACAAGAUGCUGCUGGUUCUCAAGCGGUUCCUUCGUUUGAGUAUGAGCUUCUUGAUGGAGAUCCUGAUCAUGUCAGAACAGUGGUUGCUUCAUCAAACAAUCUAAACCCUAGAAUUGAGCCUUCAAAGGUCAAGCUUAGGCAUCGAAUUGGGCGGGGCGGGUUCGGGGACGUUUGGUUAGCAACUCACCAUCAGUCCACUAAGGAUUAUGAUGAAUACCAUGAAGUAGCAAUCAAGAUGUUGAAUCCAGUUAAAGAGGAUCAUGUGAGGGGUGUGUUGGAUAAACUUGAGGAUCAUUUCUAUAAGUGUCAAGGUGCGAAAGGCGUCUGCGGGCUGUAUGGAGUGUCGAUAAUUAACGGGAAGCUAUGCAUCAUCAUGAAAUUCUAUGAAGGAUCAGUUGCUGAUAAAAUGGCUUGCCUUAAAGAGGGAAAGCUUUCGCUCCCUGAUGUAUUGAGAUAUGGAAUCAAUCUAGCCCAGGGGAUUUUGGAACUGCACACGAGAGAGGUCUUAGUUCUUAACCUGAAACCUUCAAACAUGCUCCUUACUACCAAUGACCAAGCAAUUUUGGGAGAUCUAGGAAUUCCUUAUCUACUGCAUGGUAUUCCGAUACCAAAUUCGGAUGUGAUUCAGAGACUUGGGACACCUAACUAUAUGGCACCAGAACAAUGGCAGCCAGAAGUAAGAGGACCGAUAUCCUAUGAAACUGAUUCGUGGGGGUUUGCUUGCUGCGUGGUUGAGAUGUUGACUGGUGUUCAGCCAUGGCGAGGGAAAUCGGUUGAUGAAAUAUUUCAUUCUGUUGUUAGGAAACAAGAAAAGCCGUGUAUUCCUAGUGGACUUCCUCCUCUUAUUGAGAAUGUUCUUCUUGGUUGCUUCGAGUAUGACUUGAGGAGUCGUCCUCUAAUGGCAGACUUAUUACAUGUGUUCCAAAGCUCUUCUCAACAUGUUGUUAAUAGCGACUGGCAAGGCAUUGGGAGUUCAAAAGUGUUGAAUAAAUCAAGUGCCAUUGGGCAUACUGAAUGGCUUCUCUCAAAGGAUCAAUUGCAAGUGAAUGACAUGGUGCGUUCAAGAAAGCUAUUAAACUCUUGCAAACCAGAGAAUAUGAAUAUCCCUGAAGGAAGGAUAGUGGGUUUGGAGCGGGAAACGGGUAAGGAUGCUUUUGUCUUGGUGAGGGUUCGCGGAAUCCAUGAUCCAGUAAGAGUGUAUGCUUCGACACUCGAGCGGGUGAGUUUCGGGCUUGCUCCUGGUGACUGGGUUCGUUUAAAGGAAGAAGAAAAGAAGCACUCUCCAGUGGGGAUCCUUCAUUCAAUCGACCGUGGUGGGAAUGUAGCUGUUGCUUUUAUUGGUGUAGAAACUCUAUGGAAGGGAAACUCUUCCCAGUUUCAGAUGGCAGAGUCGUUUUGCGUUGGCCAAUUUGUACGGAUAAAAGCCAGCAUCCUGAGGCCGCGGUUCAAAUGGCCUCGUAAAAAGGGAGGCGUUUGGGCUACAGGGAGGAUUUGGUGGAUCCUACCCAAUGGCUGCCUCAUGGUCAAGUUCCCUGGAAUUCUCACUUUUAAAGAAGAAUGCGAUACAUAUAUGGCCAAUCCAGCCGAAGUCGAGGCAGUUAAUUUUAGCACUUGUCCAGGAAUGGUGAAAAAAUACCAACAUCUAGAGGAUUUCCACUGGUCAGUUAAACCACUUUUGAUUGCAUUUGGCCUGUUUACAGCAAUGAAGCUGGGGUUUGCAUUUGGGAAGGUGGGAAGAUCAAAGGUGAAGAAGGGUCAAGGCAACAACCUAGUGUAUUGUGAAACUCAACAUCAUAUUGAAGGUCAGAAUACCAACAACAACCCAGCUUGGAUUCCUCCACCUGUGAAAAAUAUUCUUUUCGGAGAUGGCGUUGGCACCGUUGCUCGAUGAUCCUACAUCCAGUUCGUUCCAUCUGCUCAAAGUUGUGCAAAGUUAUCUGUAUAGAUUAACUUUACUGACUGGUUUAUACUCCCAGUACUAUGUAAAUGCUCCUGUACAGUUGUGAAACAAAACAAACCGUAAGAAUAUGCAUGUAUAGAAAUAAUACGCUGCUUGUACAAAAAUAGUCAUAUGUAAAAAGAGGUCAUAGAUCUUA